CUGUUCUCAUUCUUUCCCUUCAAAUUCCUACCAGGAACUUUCUAGAAAUACUCUUAUCAAAAUCUUCCACCCUUCUCCUUUCUCCCUACUGAAUCUCCUCCUGCCUACCAAAAAUUCUGCAAUUAUCAUCGUAAUCACGUUUCCUUCUUUUUCUUUUUUCUUUUUGUUUUUUAACUUCCUAUUGUUUGUUUCCACGAUGGCUCCGCCGCCGGUGGAGCAAAACGCAGAGCUGACGGUGGGGGACUCGCAGAGGACGCUGCCCACGCCGUUUCUGACCAAGACCUAUCAACUCGUCGACGAUCACGCAAUAGACGAUGUUAUUUCCUGGAACGACGAAGGAACCACCUUCAUCGUCUGGAAUCCUACGGUGUUUGCUAGAGAUUUGCUUCCUAAAUAUUUCAAGCACAACAACUUCUCUAGCUUCGUUCGUCAACUCAACACAUAUGGAUUUAGAAAAGUGGUGCCUGAUCGUUGGGAAUUCUCGAACGAUUGUUUUCGCAGAGGAGAGAAGCGGCUUCUUUGCGAGAUCCAACGUAGGAAAAUCUCCACUCCUGCGGCAACGCCCGGGACCGCGAUGGCACAGGUGACUGUCGCGGCGAUGGUGAUUCCAACUGCGAAACCGUUGAUAUCUCCCUCAAAUUCGGGGGAAGAGCAGGUGACUUCGUCAAACUCCUCGCCGACAAGAGCCGUCCCAUCAGGCGCCAUGGCGACGGAGCUGAUGGAGGAAAACGAGAAGCUGAGGAAAGAGAAUGUGCAGCUGAACAAGGAAUUGGCUGAAAUGAAGAGCCUUUGCAACAAUAUCUUCUCUUUGAUGUCGAAUUACGCAGGCUCCCAGCCUGAAGGGUCCAUGCCAUCGAGUAACACGGGAUCCGAAAGCGGUAACGAGGGUGUCAGAGCGUUGGAUUUGAUGCCGGAAGGCAAGGGGUUUUCCGGAGAUGGGGAGACGGAGAUGGGAAACUUAAGCCCGAUGCUGUUUGGCGUACCGAUCGGGACGAAGCGAGGCAGAGAAGACGAGGACGGGGUGGCGGAGAUGGAGAUAGAGAUGGAAAUGGAGUUGCAACUGCAGCAGCCUGGAGGCGAGAUGAAAUCAGAGACGUGUGAUUGCGGAGGCAGGAACGGCGAUAAUCCGGAGACGCCGUGGCUAAGGCAGGUCCAUCGAGCCAAUCAGAGGGUGUGUAAUUGAUCAAAAGUGUAGAGUAGGCGAAGGGGUACGUACAGUAACAGGAACGUGCCAAAGGAUGAGUCACGUGCUAAUUUCGGUCCCUGUUUAAAGAAGUUUCUGGGAGGAGUGGGACUUCGUUCAUGUUCCUGUCUGGCCCUGUUUUUUGCUUUUGGAUAAGAAAAGAGGUGUCUUUUUAUUUUUUAUUUUUUUUGUUUUUUGUUUUCUUUUGCAUAUAUAAAAAGUGCGUCAUAAUUUAAAUUAAAUCAUGUUUCCGUUGGAGGUGGAGCUUGGAAAUUUACUCGCGUCGCUUCCCGUAAACCAUGGCAUGUUGGCCAAAUUUACGCAGACAUAAAACUGUAUGCGUUUCAUUCGCCCGCCCCAUUAAUCUUUCAAGUUGUCACA